CUCAGUCAUGUUUACAAACAUGUGUAAAGGUCGCAAUCGCAAAUUACAUAAAAGUUUGUUUAAUUUCAAUUCUGAAACAUAAGUAGACAUGGCAACAGCAUCAGAAAUGAGCCUGACAGCUGGUCAGCAGAUGAUUUCGUCGUGUUCCGGUGCAAUUCUGACAUCAGUGUUUGUAACACCACUGGAUGUUGUGAAGAUUCGUCUCCAAGCCCAGCACAGGCCACAGGCAUUUACAAAGGGCCACUGCUAUCAGUACUGUAAUGGCUUGAUGGACCAUACUUGUGUGUGUCUCAAUGGCGACCAAGGAACCGGCAAGCUGCCCAUGGAAGAACUUCGGAAACAUCUCAAGCAGAACUGGUACAAGCGACCAGGGAACUUCAAUGGGACUAUGGAUGCCCUUGUGAAGAUUACCAGAAAUGAAGGCAUCACAUCUUUAUGGAGUGGACUGCCUCCAACAUUAGUGAUGGCAGUACCAGCCACGGUGGUAUAUUUCACCACAUACGAGCAGAUCAAGUGGCACCUGGGAUAUUCAUAUGGGUCCCAGAGCUCUGAUUGGUGGAAACCGCUCAUGGCAGGGGGCAGUGCUAGAGUGUUUGCUGUGUCUGUGAUAAGUCCUCUCGAGUUUAUCCGCACCAAGAUGCAAUCUGAACAGCUGACGUAUGUACGUGUGUGGGAGGCAGUUAAAGCCACUGUGUCGCAGAAUGGGCCUCUCUCCAUGUGGCGGGGCCUGGGAGCUACACUACUCAGAGAUGUGCCUUUCUCUGUAUUAUACUGGGGCAGCUACGAAACAAUGAAGUCUCAUGUGUUAGCGAACCAAGGCAGACCACAGCUCACAUUCCUCGAGAGUUUCACAGCUGGAGGCUUGGCAGCAAGUGUUGCUGGUGUAUUGACGUUACCGUUCGAUGUGAUAAAAACCCACAGACAGAUUGAACUUGGGGAGGUGGUCUUUGGUAAAGGAAAGAAGGAAGUGACCUCCACAUGGCGGCUCAUACACAAUUUGUACCAGAACCAGGGGCUCAAUGCAAUAUUCUCAGGUCUGACACCGAGAAUAAUGAAGGUAGCUCCUGCUUGUGCUAUAAUGAUAAGCACCUAUGAGUUUUCCAAAGCAUUCUUCAGAAAACGAAACCUAGAACUCUUGGAGAAUACCUAGAUUAUUGUUGGAAAGUCCUUAGGCAACAGUCUCAAACAUUGGUGCAAGGAAGACCAGUCUGCGUAAUGGUGCUUAGUGCUGACUAACAAAUGGUGUUAGAUAGCUUAUGCUCAAAAAUGUUACAUAUGAAAGCAGAAUGAAUACUUCCAAAAACAGUGUGAUUAUAAUCAUCCUAUAGUCAUCUCAUAUGUACAAAACAGACAUCUUGAAGCAUCAGAACUUGAUGUAAAUAUACAAAGUUCAUGGCAGAGCAAUUAGCUUUAAAGAGCUCUUUUUCCAUUGCGGAUGUGAUAUGUUCAAGAUCCUAGGGCUUUUCCACAUAAUUUUCGGAUGGUGGGUCAUGAUUGACAAUUGGAGAUCCCAAAACUGUUAGUAUUCAAUCAAAGUCUAACUUGGGGUCCAAUGUAUGCAAAGUAGGCUGGAAAUGGGGUUCCCUUGGCAGAAAAUGAGUCUGCGUCUCCAGUUUUCUACCUUCAGGGAAAACCCUGGGUCACAAGGUCAUGGUUUGUCGUGUUGUCCAUGCCACCAAGGAUAUAUGUGUAAAUAGUAUAAUUAUACAACCAUUUGCCACAUGUUUAGAAAUGUGAAUACCAGUGGCCACUUGAGUUUAUUUUAAAUUAUACUAGUCAAAUCACAGUCUACAGGAACAUUUCGUGUUUGCUUUUCUUUGUCUCAGUAGCUUUUAUUUUGUCAGCAUUAACUUUAAAGUCUGUGUAUAGUAAUGUGAAAUAACUUAUGUCCCAUUAGUUCAUUGUUAGAAGAGCAUGCUUGAUUUUUAGAGAGUUUAUAAAUCUGUACAUUUUAUACACAUAAUUAAAAUUGUAAUAAAAAUUUGACAUACGGUAGAUCUGUGAAUUAUGUCAGAGAUAAUGGAUAAUUUGAUAUAUUGCAAAUGUUUGUGUUUCAGAUUCAUCAAUAUGUUUUUAAAAUAAUGUUUUAUUAUAUAGGUCAAAAUUGCAAAAGCAUAAAAUUGGCAAUUUAAUCAAAAGACAAAUAAUUAUCCUUUAAGUUAUUAUUACUUGUUGCUAAGGGCUUUUCCAUUAAAACAUAUAUCCCCCAGGGGAAGGCACUUUUGAAUUGUACCAACCCCCUACAGAAGCAAAUUUACCCUUUUGGGGUACGAAUUAGCGAAAAAAGACACCCACAACGAGUGAUGUUCCGAUGAUCAACUAUAAUCGAAAAUCGAUUGGUUGGGCCUGAAAUCAGCGACAAUCGAUAGUAUUUAGUUAUAAUCGAUUAUGAAAAAAAUUUUUUAGUAAGUGUUCAGAUGUUAUCUUUAACAAAAUGGCUGAUGAAAGCCACAAUGAGCAAGAAAAUGAACUAUUUUUUAUACAACAACACUUAAUAACUUCAAUCAUAGACAUAAGGUAUAUGCAUAUAAUGAUUAGAGUUUAAUACUGUACAUGAAUAAAACUACAACUCAGGUACUAUCUAGUAUUUUAAAAACCGAUUGUACUAUCGAUAAUCGGUUACUUCAGUGGAACCGAUCAUCGAUAGUAAAAUUGCAACCGAUUCCCAACACUACCCACAACCCAUAUACUAUUAAAAUAACUGCCUUCCCCUCAUGGGUUAUAUGUUUUACUGGAAUAGCCCUAAACAUGAAAGAAGAUUGCCAAGAAAGAAAUAAUGUUUAUUCAAACAAUACCAAUCCCCAGUUUUAAGGUCAUAUUAUUUCGAUUCAUAUCAAAUUAAUACUUUUCAAUUUGUUUUGUAAAUAGAAUUCUAAAGUGUUAAAUGAUUUUUGUACAAAAAAAAAUGUUAGCAUCUCUAGUUGUCGACUUGUGUCUGUGAUAGGAAGUGACCUUUCAAUGUCAAUUCUCUACUUAAACUGAGCUUCCAUGCAUACCCUAUCAUUUCAUAUACAAGACAAGAAAUACUAACAAAAAUAUGUUGCUCUUUUACCUUACAAUAUCUUGGAUGGGCAUGUACAAUCUACUCAGUUUUCAAGAGUUUUAUCAGCUUGUAUGUUUUUCAAAGAAUAAUUGUGAUAGCAAUGGUGUCAAUGUUGAUGCUGUGCAAACACUAACCUUGACCAUUACUCAAAAAGCGUGCAGAGAUAUUUAAAUGCAGUUGGGUAAACAUGUUGCUAGAGACAAUAUCCACAUGUUUAGCAUGGUGCAUAACUCUGGCUUUAGUAUUCAUUUUGGUUAUGUCCCUUUUUAAAAACAGAAAACAGGCAAAAACUUUGACCUGGGUCAUAUCUCAAAAAAUAAUCCGGAUAUUCAAACGAAACAAGGUACACAUGUUGCUGGAAACAAAAUACACAUUUAUAGCAAAGCCCAUAACCUUAUACUUUUUUUUUAAUUGUGGAGUUAUGCCACGCUUUGGAAAAAAACAAGACAAGCAUGUGCAUUUGGCACUCUUGUUGUAUUUAUGCUGGGAUUGUUUAAGCAGCUUUAUUAUUAUGAAUUGUAAUGAAUUAUUUAUUUUUUUAAUGUUGACUUUAGUCACUCAUAGACAGACACUGCAGUAAAUGCAAUUAAAUAUUCAAAAUUGUAUUUUGUUUUCUAGAUAAUGUUUAUGUUAAGUUCAGUGUUCAUCUAAAUAGCAAGUCGUAUAAUAAGCCUUCAAUCUCUCUUUUGAUGAAGGCUUUGCGUCCAUGUAUUGAAAGUUUCUACAAGUUGUCGUAGUGUAGGUCUGAAAUAGGAUGUUGACCUGAAUGCAUACAUAAUAAUUACUUGGUAUCAAGGUCAUAUGUACUUUUAAUGUCAUUGAAAAUUCUUUUAAGGUGAACUUUUUAUAUUCAUAUCAUAGCCAAAUUGCACAACUGUAUGACUUAUUUCUGCUUGUGGAAGAUAAAUUUUUUUAGAAAUAAUCAAACAACUUUGUAACAAGCUAUUUAAUUUUAAGCUUCCAUCAGUUAUUGAAUGUAAAGCUUCCAUCAGUUAUUUAAUGUAAAGCUUCCACCAGUAAUUGAAUUUAAAACUUCCAUCAGUUAUUGAAUUGAAACCUUCCACCAGUAAUUGAAUGAAAAGCUUCCAUCAGUUUUACUACAUGGAAAUCUGGAUACAUCAUAUCAAUACAUUAACAGUGAUUGAUGAAUGAAGAGAACAGAAUAUGUAUGACCAUCAUAUUAUUGUUCGAGUUUAGUUACCUUGAUGUGGGUAUCUGACUAUUAGAAAUUAGCAAGACUAUCCAAUUUUGUAUAACUAUCCAGUAUUAUAUAACUUUUGACAAGUAUGAAUAUUAGUUCUAAAAGACACAGUAUUUAUCAUUUGUUAAAUAAAAAAAAACAAAGGAAA